CAUCGUAAUUUAAUCAAACCGAAACUCAUAAAUAAAUCGCAAUUAACAACACGAAAUGCAGAUUGAUGGAGUGAGGUAACAAAAUCGAAUCGAAUAAUCAAUGAAGUGCAGAUCCGUUGCGUGCAUAUGGUCAGGCACACCUUUCCCUUCCGCUCACAAAGUAACCGCCGUCGCCGCUUUCACCCAACCACCGUCACCUGCCGCCUUUUACACCGCCGGAUCCGAUGGCUCCAUCAUCUGGUGGUCCCUCUCCACUUCCGCCUCCACCUCCUCCCCGCAAGUUAAAGCGGUGGGAGUGUUGUGUGGUCACGCAUCACCAAUCACUGAUCUCGCUCUUUGCAGCCCCAUCACAGCUGAAGAAAACGAUCAUGUUUCAAGUAAAACUAAUUUUAGUGCUUUAAUAAGUGCUUGUUGUGAUGGUUUCUUGUGUGUGUGGAGUAAAAGCAGUGGACAUUGCCGUUGUAGAAGAAAAUUGCCACCUUGGGUUGGUACUCCUAUGGUAAUUCGAACACUUCCUUCGACACCGAGAUAUGUAUGUAUAGCUUGUUCUUUUGUGGAUAAUUCUGUUAAUGAUGAGUUAGGAGAUAGAGAAAAUCACCACAAAAAGUCCUCUAAAUCUACUAUCCUUAUUGUGGAUACAUAUUUGCUUUCCAUUACACAAACUGUUUUUCAUGGAAAUUUAUCCAUUGGUCCCAUUAAGUUUAUGUCACUAGUCUUUUCUGAUGAUGACGAAAAGAGGAACUCAGUGUUUUUAGCUGAUUCUUAUGGGAAACAGCAGACAGUUCCGAUAUCAGAUGAGCCUCGUGAUUGUGUGGAAAGCGUGUCGAGUCCGCACAGCGAUAAAUUUCCAUUGGAAAGUUCUUUUUCGACAGAGGGAUUCAAUGGUGUGGAUCAAGUUAUUUCAGUUUUAACCUUUGGAAAUACUGUUGCUUUUAUAUUGAAAGAUAAAUGUAUUUUUAGGUCAUUGUCUAGUGAUACCAUGAUUGGAGAGGUUUCUUUUGUGGACAGCCUCUUCUUUUCAAACGGACAUUCCACUGAAGCUCGUGCUGUUGGUGGAGUUGUUCUUGAAAGUGAUGAUAUGGGGAAUACACCUGAUACCUAUGAAAGCGGCAACUUGAUUCCAGCACACUUUGUUGUGUGGAAUAAUAGAGGUUAUGCAAUCAUUUAUGAAAUGUCGUAUCAGAAUGAUGUUUUUCAAUGUGAACCCCAUUCCGAGAUUCCUGCUGGUCAUUAUCAACCUGAUAUAAGGUUGUCUGUUUUUUUCCUACAAGUAAAUGAAAAUCUUGUGUGCGUCAAAUCAGUUUGCUUUCAUCACGAGGAACCUUUACUAUGGAGACCACAUAUCACAAUUUGGUCGCUGCAUCAAUUUGAAGAUAAACUCGGACAAUUGUGCCGUCAAUGCAGAAUGAUCGGUGAUGGUGUAUUUUCCACCAACUGGUUUGAGUCCACUCAGCUCGACGGACAUGGUGAUCUAGAGAUUAAAUCAACCUUUGGUGGUGCAAGUCCAGGUUCUGAGGACAUGGACAUCAUAAAUGAGAAGGGCAUAAGUAAUUAUUAUCCUUACAAGGGGAAGAUAGUAUCUUCUUCCAUGAUUAUUGCUGAGAACCUCUUUACACCUUAUGCUGUCGUAUAUGGAUUUUUUAGUGGAGAAAUAGAGGUUGUAAGAUUUGAUCAGUUUCAAGAGAUUUUUCUGGACGAUGCAAGUUCCAAUCCUGAUGAAAAGUCAACUGCACACAAACAGAAUUUCUCGGGACAUACAGGUUCUGUACUUUGUUUGGCAGUACAUCAAAUGAUGUGUAGUGCAAAAAGCCGCACUUUUAAACGGGUUCUGGUGUCUGGCAGUAUGGAUUGCACAAUUCGUAUAUGGGAUCUUGACAGUGGCAGUCUUAUUAAGGUAAUGCAUCAUCAUGUGGCUGCAGUGCGUCAAAUUAUUCUUCCCCCAUCUUUGACUGGGCAUCCUUGGAGCGACUGCUUUCUUUCAGUUGGAGAGGAUGCAUGUGUUGCCCUUGUUUCUCUUGAGACUCUGCAGGUGGAAAGAAUGUUUCCUGGACACGUGAACUAUCCUUCAAAAGUUUUAUGGGAUGGAACAAGAGGCUAUAUUGCCUGUCUUUGUCAAACACAUUAUGGAACUUCUGAUGGUGAUAUAUUAUAUAUUUGGGACGUAAAGACAGGUUCCCGGGAGCGACUCAUACGUGGGACAGCAGCGCAUUCUUUGUUCGAUCAUUUUUGUAAAAGUAUUAGUAUGAAUUCUAUAUCUGGCUCAGUGCUGAAUGGAAAUACGUCAGUCUCUUCAUUACUUCUUCCAAUAGUUGAUGAUGCAAGGUUAUCUAACUCUCCCUUAAAUCAUACAGAGAACUUGCUUACUUCAUCAAAGUCAUCGCCAAGCAUUUCAAGUAUGACUGAGCUGAAUUCUUCCAAACCUAAUGCAGGUAAAGGAAAUUCAGCAAAGCCAAGUUCAUCUUAUCUGUUUGGUCUUUUGAGUGACAACCUUCCUAUCAAAUGCACUUGUCCAUUCCCUGGUAUUGUGUCUCUUAGUUUUGAUCUUGCAUCAUUGAUGUUCUCUUUUCAAAAGAAUGAGUCCAUGGAGAGUGGUGAGGGCAAGCCAGUGAAUAUCAAUUUGAAGCAGCAGGGUGUUCAGGAGCAAAAUCCAAGCCACCAUAAUCCAGAAACUUCAGAGGGCCACAAUUGGGUUAGCCUUUUUGAAGAAUACUUACUGCGAUACAGUUUGUCAUUUUUACAUUUGUGGAACGUAGACAGUGAGCUUGAUAAUUUGCUGAUAAGUGAUAUGAAACUGAGGAGACCAGAAAAUUUUAUAUUAGCUUCGGGUCUGCAGGGGGAUAAAGGGUCAUUGACAUUGUCAUUUCCUGGUCAGAGUGCCACUCUUGAGCUAUGGAAAUCAUCAUCUGAGUUUUCUGCAAUGAGAUCAUUGACGAUGGUAUCCCUUGCCCAACGUUUGAUUAGCUUGUCUCACUCAAGUUCAGCAGCCAGCAGCGCUUUAGCAGCAUUCUAUACCCGGAAUUUCAUGGAAAAUUUUCCAGAUAUGAAGCCACCUUCGUUACAGCUUUUGGUGGCUUUUUGGCAAGAUGAAAGUGAGCAUGUACGUAUGGCUGCACGCUCUAUAUUUCACUGUGCUGCCUCUCAUGCUAUUCCUCUACCUCUAUGCAAUUCAAAACCUAGUGAGUCAAUUAAUACAAUCUCCCAAACUGGAAGUAGAGACAAACAUCUGGGAGAUGUGAUAGUAGAAAGGAUAUCUCCUAAGGCAGAAAAACAAGGAAUGUCCCAAGAUGAGGAAUCCAAGAUACUGACUUGGCUAGAAUCAUAUGAAGUGCAAGAUUGGAUUUCUUGUGUUGGUGGAACAAGUCAAGAUGCAAUGACAUCUCACAUUAUUGUUGCUGCUGCACUGGCUAUCUGGUAUCCUAGUCUUGUAAAACCUAGGCUUUCCACGUUAGUUGUUCAUCCAUUAAUGAAGUUGGCUAUGUCCAUGAACGAGAAGUACAGCUCCACUGCUGCUGAGCUCCUUGCAGAAGGCAUGGAGAGCACGUGGAAAGAAUGCAUGGUCUCUGAGAUUCCUCGUCUAAUUGGAGAUAUUUUUUUCCAAGUAGAGUUGAGUGGCCCGUCUUCCAAGUCAUUGACAGAAAUUCCACCUGCAUCUUUUUCUAUUAAACAGACUUUGGUGGAGGUUCUCCUUCCAAGUUUAGCUAUGGCUGAUAUACCAGGCUUUUUGACAGUGAUCGAAAGCCAAAUUUGGUCAACAGCGUCUGAUUCACCUGUCCACAUGGUAUCCUUGUUGACUCUCAUAAGGAUUAUGCGUGGUUCUCCAAGAUAUUUGGCCCAGUACCUUGACAAGGUUGUCAACUUCAUUUUACAGACUAUAGAUCCUAGCAACUCAGUCUUGCGGAAGGCGUGCUUCCAGAGUUCCUGGACAACUUUUAAAGAAGUUGUACGUGUAUAUCCUAUGGUUGCUGUCAAUGAGUCUUGGACCAGACUAGCAGUUGGAGAUGUGAUUGGAGAGGUUAACAAUGCAAGCAUUAGGGUUUAUGAUAUGCAAAGUGUAACAAUGAUAAAGGUUUUGGAUGCAAGUGGACCUCCAGGACUUCCUAGUUUGCUCACCGCAACCGCUUCAGGAGCAGUGUUAACUACUGCAAUCUCAGCACUAAGCUUUUCACCAGAUGGAGAGGGGCUGGUUGCUUUUUCGGAACAUGGGCUUAUGAUUAGAUGGUGGUCACUGGGAUCUUUCUGGUAUGAGAAACUGAGCCGGAACUUUGUUCCUGUCCAGUGCACAAAAUUAAUAUUUGUUCCUCCUUGGGAGGGAUUCUCACCUAAUUCAUCCCGGUCAAGCAUUAUGGCCAGCAUUUUGGAUACUGAAAAGCAGCUUAAUUUGCAGAAUAAUGCAAAGGAUUCAAAUCAUGUGGACAGUUUGAAGCAAUUGCUUCAUAAUCUGGACCUCUCUUAUCGAUUAGAAUGGGUUGCGGAACGGAAAGUACUUCUUACAAGGCAUGGUAAUGAACUGGGCACUUUUCAGUUGUAGCGGUGGUGGAAAUUUCAGUGAUUUCACAGUUUUAGUUGAGGCUCUGUGUGAAAUGUACCUUUAGCAUGUAUAGCAGCUCAAACAAGCAACAGAAGUUUUUUUUUUAAUCUGCUCAUACUAGAGUGCUUUUGGAGGAGAUAUUCAUUGAAGCACUUAAAAUUCAACACUACAUUUGAGGAUUUAUUGAGAUAAGCAAAUAUGGAUUCAGUUCCACUUAGUGAUGCUCCUCAGGAAGUCCUUUAAAAAGGAAUGUUUUGGGCGGAACCGGAAGCCAAUUGGAUGGUUUUAGUGAUUUGGCUAUCAUUUUGAGAAAAUACUGACAAAAGAAGAAAAGGGGCCUUGCAAUUUCUGAAUUGUUGCAAACUAAUUGUGAUGGACCAAAUAAUCACAAAAUCGUUCAAAAUGAGUCACCACUGGGAUUGUCAAUUUGGUCACUGCAUAUAAAAUAGUUAAAUAGUUUCUCGAGAAUAACGGGAAAUGUUAGUUUUGUUAGUGAGCAGAGAGGCUUGUGCAGUUUUUUUUUUCUUUCCUAAUUUAUAUUAUUAGAGCAAAUUGAGUUGAUCUCUUCUGUAUUUUACAGAAGUCAUUCGUUCUAUUUUCCCCGUCAACAUUUGUACAGACAGGGCCUUUAGCAUCUCUUGAAGUUUUAUUGAGAAUGAGAAUAGUGUGUUUACCGAUGUACACGUUGAGACUUUGAUUGAACAAAAGCAAUGCAACUAAACAAGCAAUACAAUGCCUUUAUUCCUUAA